UCUCUCCCUCCCUCCCUCUCUCUCCCUCGGUCGGUCUGCAUCAGCCGGCGAGCAGCUAAUAUGACAGGCGGGAGGAUACAGUAUCACACCGAGCCACGACAAGCUGACUUAAAAACUUCAUUUGGAAAGUAGGCGGAUGUCGUGUGCUGUCGAUAGAUGGAUUAGGGGAAACGGGGGACGAAGAAGCGGCUGUGUUUUUUGAUGCAAUGGGAUUUGCUACUUUCGUGUGAAGAGGCGGACCUGUGAGACGCUGCGAGUUCAAUAUGCUGAAGCUGUACCCGGUGUUUGUAUACUGUACGUGGAAGUACAGGGACUAUAUUCUACAAACAAACAGGCAUACGUAAGGAUACAUAACAGAUAUUCAUUGCAGCGUGUGGAUACCCACGCUUUAAAAGCUACUACCAUUUUUUUUGGCUUUUUUAUUUAUUUAUUUAUUUUUGGACAGGGAAUUCCUUCAGAUAGGCUGCAUGUCUGGAUUCACUACUACGUUUUUGUUUUUUUUCUUAAUUCUUAAUUAAAGAAAUAAGACAUGGGGGUCUCAUUCGUCUUAGCUCCAAGCAGCUCUGGAACAGCAGGUAAACGCAUUAGAGGCUAUUAGUUUUGUUUUGAGGGUGGUCUUCCAUAAGAGUAGUUUAAACUUGCCUUUGACCCACCAUGAACUAUUCUUUUAUCGGCAUUUUUCACGCUCCUGUGAGGUUUUCUGACAGCAGUUAGCCGGUACGUUUAAAACCACUCUACUGCGGAUUUUUUUUUUUUUUUUUUACAGUAAAUUUUGUGGUGCAUUUUUUUUUCCCACUCUAAAAAAAAAAAAUCUACUCAAAAGACUGAUAUAUAUAUAUUUGUAUCUCUUCCCCUCGUGAACCUGACAUUUUUCGGGGUUUCCUCCCCCUCCAUCAACUAUCCCAGUCCUACGGAUACGACUUGCUUUAUUUUCACCUUUUCUCCACCAUGAGUAACAUGCACAUCGUAUUGAAUGUAUUGCUACGUGGACUCGUCAUCUAUGCGGUACUGGGCUUGGAGUGCACUUACUCGAAUGAUCUAGCCAGCCACUCGUCUGAUGCUGCGAAUGUAGCCACCACAGACGCCUGUCUUAUCGUGAUGCCGCCAUGCAUGGGCGAGGACGACCGCUUUAGUCUGGAGGCGCUGCGGCACAUCCACAAACAGCUGGACGACGACAACGACGGGGGAAUAGAGGUCAACGAGAGUGUGGAGUUCAUAAUAGAAGACAUGAAGCAGCAGCAAACCAACAAACACAGCAACCUGCACCGUGAAGACCAGCACAUCACUGUGGAGGAGCUGUGGAAGGGCUGGAAGACCUCUGAAGUCCAUAACUGGACGAUGGAGGACACAGUGCAGUGGCUGACGGAGUCGGUGGAGCUGCCGCAGUACGAGAAGAACUUCCGUGACUUCAGAGUCACAGGGAACACUUUACCUCGAUUAGCGGCUAAUGAACCGUUAUUUAUGUCGAUGCAGCUGAAGAUAUUAGACCAGCGGCAUAAACAAAAAUUAAACCUAAAGGCACUAGAUGCAGUGCUUUUCGGGCCUCCUCUCCGUCCACAACAUAACUGGAUGAAAGACUUUGUCCUGAUGGUUUCCAUAGUGAUCGGUGUCGGGGGCUGCUGGUUUGCCUACGUGCAGAAUAAGUCCAGCAAGGUGCACAUCUCUCAGAUGAUGAAGGAUUUGGAGAGCCUGCAAAAUGCUGAGCAGAGCCUUUUAGACCUGCAGAGCCGGCUGGAAAAGGCUCAGGAGGAGAACCGCACUGUCGCCGUGGAGAAGCAGAACUUGGAGCAGAAGAUGAGGGACGAGAUCAACGGGGCCAAAACAGAGGCUCACAGGCUCCGAGAGCUGCGAGAAGGAGCCGAAUGUGAACUCAGCCGGCUCAAAUACGCAGAGGAGGAGCUCGUACAGGUACGAAAAGCUCUGAAGCGAGCGGAGAAGGAGAUGCAGUCGGAGCGGUCGGUGCCUGAAGCUCUUCAGAAGUGGCUCCAGCUCACACAUGAGGUGGAGGUUCAAUACUACAACAUCAAGAAACAGAACGCUGAGUUUCAGCUCUACAUCGCCAAAGAUGAGGCAGAAAAAAUAAAGAAGAAAAGAAGUUCUCUGUUUGGAACUCUUCAUGUAGCCCACAGCUCAUCACUGGAUGAGGUGGACCACAAGAUACUAGAAGCAAAAAAAGCCCUGUCAGAAGUGACGGCGUGCCUGAGGGAGCGGCUGCACCGCUGGCAGCAGAUUGAGAAGCUUUGCAACUUCCCUGUUGUCAACAACUCAGGGCUACCGAGUCUGACAGCCAGCCUCUACUCGGAACACAGCUGGGUGGUCAUGCCACGGGUUUCUGUGCCUCCGUACCCCAUCGCGGGGGGAGUGGACGAUCUGGACGAGGACACGCCUCCCAUCAUUCCACAGUUCACAACAACCACGAUGAUCCGGCCCCCGCUGACCCGCAGCAGCAGCCUAUGCCGUUCUCGCCGGAGCCUACUCAGCCCGCAGUCCUCACUGAUGUCCCCGGACCCUGAUCUGCUCUCCAUGGCCAGCUCUUCCCUCUCCUAUCGUCCCGAGGCCGAGGACGAACAUAUCAUGUUCAGCUCGGAUAGGAGGGGGUAUGUAGCGGUGGCCGGAACGCCGCGGAAUGGUUUUACAGUUUGGACUCACAGGGAUCCGGCUCAAGAAGGAAGCUCAGACACCGACUCCCUCAGCUCCUCCAUGGGCCGAAAGCAGCUGCACAACACCGACGCCCCGUACCGUAAGAUCUCCCGCGAGGAGCUGCUGCUGUUCAGCCAGACCACAGAGCUCCCUGCAUCCACCCCUGCCACCUCCUCCUCCACCCACACCAGCAGCAGCAGCAGUCUCAGGGACUCCACGCCUCCUCCUCUGCCCCCAACCCCGGCCACCACGCCUUCCGGCCCGCCCUCCACCUCCCCUUCCCCCGCAUUGGAGCACCACCCGUUUGCACACAGCGGCUCGCCUGACCUCACCCGCAUAAUCCCUGAGUCACAGAGCGCGACCUUCUCGCAGGGGAGCGCCACCUCUCCAACGGGCAAAGGCGUGUACAACGGCAUCCUCGAGAAGUCGUACAGCUUCGGCCAGCUUCCCGCCAGCAUGCUCCCCAAUGUGGGGCGCUACCCGUCCCUCACCUCCCUGGACUCGGAAGGCCGGAGCGUGGGAAGGGAAUAUAAGCUCCAGAGCACCUCCUCCCAGGACUCCAGCGAUAAUGGAGAGAAAAUCAAGCGAUCCUCAUCUAAAAUCAAAAGCUUAUUUAAGAAGAAAAAAUAAAAACUUGCAGAGUGAAAUAGUGUAAGAGGGAGAUAAAAUAGAAAGAGUUGUUUUAGCCCGUAUACUUAAAAAAAAAAAGAAGGACAUCACUGCAAGCUAAAACAGUUCAUUGUCUCUCUUAUUUUCUUGUUUUUUGUCUUCAAAGAUGGAAUGUAGCUCAGUCUGGGUGCCUUUUUAAAAAAAAAAAAAAAAAAAACUCGGACUGGUAGCCUUAUUUUUCAAUAAUGCCUUUUUAUUUAGUUCACUCAUAGCCUCACAGGGAAACCUGCAAAGGUCAAGGAAAAUGUCAAUGAAAGGUCAAGGGUCAUGAUAGUUGUCAUCCAGACUGCAAAAAAAACAAAAAAAAAACAAACACGUGACCUCCUCACUGUCUUCUGUCUGUUUUGGUCUUGAAAAGCCACUAUGUGUAAGGGUCUAAAGGUGCAGUCCAUACAUUUAUUCUCAAGCACACAAAGUCCAGAUCUAAAGUCUGCUCUUCCUACUGGACGGAUUUUUAAUCACACCAUCAGUAGUGACAGCAGCAAUAAAGAUAUUUUCUUCCUUAAGUGUCCAAACUACUUCUGCCUGCUCAUAUCGGGGAUUGCAUCUUAUGAAGUCUAAACUACUUGAUUAACCUCCUUUGAAACAAAAAAAACAACAAAACAAAAUCCUGCUAAAAGUUUGUUGCACUACUGCUUUCCUGGUGUUUUGGGGAAAGAGCCGCUGCUUGCGGAGUACAUAUUGAAUAAAGAUAUAGAGAUGAGAGGUACACAUGGGCAGCAGCAGUGAAGAUGCAGAACAGAAAACUACAGAGCCAAAAUGAUCUGAUGCGUCUUCACUGUUACUUCUUAUAGAUGCCUCGAUAUAUGUAAGUAUAUAUAAACUUUGUCUUCACAUUUUUAUGUUGUUAUAGAUGUUUUGAAAUAGAUUUAUAUGGGUGGGGCUUCCUCUAAACUGUCAUUUACAGAUGAAAGUUGAUUGAAUAUGCAGAUUUAACUCCCUGUAAUGUCACUGUCCCUUAUUACUUGAUAGCGUGUUAACUGUAGCCAUACCAAUAUCUCAUUUCCUUUCUUUUUUGUCUUAAACACCCUAAAAUAUUUUGUGUCACUACCAGAUUUUGAUCAAAUCGUCUGUGCAAACAAUUAUUUUGUGCCAUAUUGACGCCAGAUUUAAGGGUAGAGUGCCAGGAAGUCGAAGGAAGUCACAAGAACUUGUUUUUUUUUCCGCAUCUCUCUAUACGUCGACGAUGUGACCUCUUCCAUCAAUAUUUCCAGGCUUUUGAAAAAACGCAAAACACUCAAGAUUAUUUGUAAAAAAAAAAAAGAUUUAAAAAAAAAAAAGAACUUUUUGAUCCAGAUCUGACUGAUACAACCGUUUCUUUUACCCUUUCCAACACACUAUAAGCUCGAAGCCGACCCAUGCAAUACAGCCCCCGUUUCCCCGUUCCUCACCUUUGGGUUUGCACCGAGCGCACUGAUGUCAAGACUCCUGCUUCACACUGUGAUUUCUGCCUUCUACCCUUCAUCCUUUGUCACUGCAACGCAAAAAUGUCAUGUACGACAAAACGACACAAGGAUCCAGUAGUUUUGAUUUUUGAAAUUAAUAUAUAUAUAUAUAUGUAUAUUUGGAUGGUUGUGGCGAUACAGCACACAGUGAAGGAAAUAAAAGACAGAGCUGCAAGACGAGGAGAACAUGAAUGUUUACGAGACAUUAGGGUUUUUUUUUUUUUGGAAAACAUUUUGUGCGUGAAUAUUUGUAUACUGUAGAAGAAUUAAUAAAAAAAAUGGAGGCAUUGGA